AUGGCCGGCUUACCAGGAAAUGAUGCUAUCUACAAGGCCGUCGAAAGCGGCGAUUACUGCGACCUUCGUCUCCGCCUGAGUGACGACACUGAACUGAAGGUGCACCGUGUUGUACUUUGCACACAGUGCGAGUUCUUCGCGAACGCGAUGAAACCCGGCCGCUUCUUGGCCAACUCAAGCGUCAUCGACAUGAAACAUGAUCCGCCUCAAGCGAUCAAGCGCCUGGUGGAGUUCCUCUACACGGGACAUUACACUGUGAAGGGACCGGAGAACUCUGAUACCGAUGAGCCCACGCCCCGUGCUGCUGAAUUCGAAUCACCUCCCGACGAGGAUGCCGAACCCUUGCUUGCUCAUGCGGACGUCUACAUCAUCUCGAAGUUGUAUGAAGUUGCCAAGCUCGAGGAGGAAGCUUUCAACGCCAUCAAGUCAGCCCUAGAAGAGCCGAAGACUCUUGAAGUCUUCCCUCGACUUGUUCAGACCAUCUAUGCUAGCGUUUCUGAGGCCGCCUGCUCCGUUCACGAUGAACUCUCCUACUAUGCCCUAUCGCACGCAAGUGAGCUCAUCUCUGGAAACCACCUUCAAGCCAUGAUUCAGAACGCACCAGACCUGACGGAGAAGCUCAUACGCCAUCUGGUCAGCUCCAACUCCACGAAGACAGAACAGCUCCUUGCGGCUGACGUCGACAUCAAGCGGCUGGAAGACAAGGCCAAAGAGGCAAGCGCUGAGAUCGAGAAGUUGCAAAACAAGGCCAAAGAGGUAAACGCUGAGAUCAAGAAAGAGCAAAACAAGGCCAAAGGGGCAGACCCUGAGAUCAAGAAGCUGCAAGACAAGAUCAAAGAGGCAGAUGCUGAGAUCAAGAAGCUGAAAAUCAGGGUCGAAGGCAAAAACGAUGAGCUUGAGCUGCUAUACAACAGGGUCAAUCGGGGAGACACUCAGAUCAGGCGGCUCAAAGACGAUCUCAACGACGUUCAAUGCUACAGGUGCUCACGCUGCUGCCAGCACUUCGAAAUGGUCAUGCCAGCCGGCUACAGGAAUUUGCCGCCAUCCCUCGCAACCAGCGCUCCCGCCAAGAGCGGGCAGGCCGAUGCAGCAAAGAAAACCACAGAGUACGCCAUCCCCAUGCACGCUUCGACCCACUUCACAUCGGUACUCAAGCUGCUCAACACGGCCGGAAACUACGUCUGGAUGCCAGACGUCCAUUUUCGCUGUGCGAAGGUCUCCGAACGUGAACAUGACACUGUUUAA